AUUGCUUUGCGAUACUUUGCAACAGGCAGUUUUCUCUGCUGUGGGGGAUGCAGAGAACCUAAGCAAGAAUACAGUCUGCAGUGCUAUUCAGAAGGUCGCACAUGCUCUGACAGGGCACGCAGAAUCCUUUGUUGUGUUUCCUGGCACAUGUCCCACGCAGACGAUCAAAGAGGGAUUUUACAGCAUGCAGGGUUUCCCAGGGUGCUUGGCUGUAUCGACUGUGUGCACAUAUACCGAUCUCUGCGUCCCUGGGAGAUAAUGAAGACGACUAUGUGAAUCGCAAAUCAUUCCACAGCCUCAACAUUCAGAACUGUAUCCAGCUCCAUCACUGACAUCAAUCCAGUUCUCAGGCAAGGAUCCCGAGGAGAAGAGAUUAUUUCAAGCUGUGUUUUGGAGAAAAGAGACAGAAACUUAUCAUGUCUUUUGAAGUGAAGGAGAAGGAGAAGACAGAGGUGCGCCUGGUGUUUCUUGGAGCAGCAGGAGUGGGGAAGACAGCCCUGAUCCAACGAUUCCUCAAAGACACCUUCGAGCCAAAGCACCGGCGCACAGUGGAGGAGCUCCACAGGAAGGAGUACGAGGUGGCGGGUGUCAAAGUCACCAUCAACAUCAUGGACACCAGUGGCAGCUACUCCUUCCCCGCCAUGAGGAAGCUCUCCAUCCAGAACAGCGACGCCUUCGCCCUGGUGUACGCCGUGGACGACCUAGAAUCCCUGGAGGCGGUCAAGACUCUGCGAGAGGAGAUCCUGGAGGUCAAAGAGGACAAGUUCACGCCAAUUGUGGUGAUAGGCAACAAGAUAGACCGCCUGGACGAGCGCCAGGUGUCCAGCAAGGACGUGCUGUCCAUGCUGGAGCAGGACUGGAACCACAGCUUCAUGGAGUCCUCCGCCAAAGACAACGUCAACGUGAUGGAGGCUUUCAGAGAGCUGCUCCAGCAGGCCAACCUGCCCAGUAGGUUCAGCCCGGCCCUGUGCCGGAGACGAGAAACCUUCCCCAAGGAGAGCAGCAAACGACCCAAACUGAACAAGACCAACAGCUGCCUCAUCACAUAAGGAUGGGGAGCUGCUCGGUGGGCGACAACGCCAAAAGAGAAUGAAAAAACUGCUCACGAGAGACAGAAAGGACUCUGUUGGUGGGGAGCUUGAAAGCAUGACAUCCAACAGCACUGGAGGCACAGAGAUUCUACAAUGAGAACGGACAUGUCAACAGAUAUCAGAUUAACGACGAAUGUGGUUGGCUUUUUCUUUAAAACAAAAAAAAUGUGCACUUACUGUGAAUGUCAAAAAUGAUGAUGUAAUACAUUGUGUAGAAGCAGAGUUAUGUUCAAAUGUGUGAGGUUUUAUUUUGAAGUUUUUGUUAUUAAAGAAGUGCAAUAACUGUGAAGUGAUGGGUAUUAAUGCAAAAAUGUGUGUGACAUAAGAUUGUUUUAAGAAGUGAACAACAAGGAGAACAGUUUAUAUUUUUGAUAGCUGCACAUCAGACAUGUUGUGAAUUAUUGUACAGCCUUUUGAAAAACACGCUUAAUGAUGUUUAUCCCUCUUUUUGUUUGACUUAAUAAAUCCCUUUUUUAUUGUUUGA